UUCCCAAAAGCCCCUUCUCUUGAUAGCCACAAUAUGUCUAUCGUUGCUUCUUCAUCACUGCUUGUUUCUCCUUCAAACCCUAAAACUAAUGCCACAUCCAAGUUGGAUCGACAAUCUGCAGAUUUUCAUCCUUGUCUUUGGAAUGAUUAUUUCCUUCAAUAUGCUUCUGACGAUUUGGAAGUUGGUGAUGAAAUGAAGAAAAAUAUUGAAACAUUGAAAGAAGAAGUGAGGGAGAUGCUUAUCUCUACCAUGGAGACGCCCUUGAAGAAAGCUGAAGUGGUUGAAUCAAUUCAAUGUUUGGGUUUGUCAUAUCACUUUGAGCUUGAGAUUGAUCAAAUAUUGAAGCAGAUUCAAAAUGAUUGUGUUGAAAAUAAUGAAAUAACUCUUACUGGAGAUCUGCAUUCUCUAGCCCUACUCUUCAAGUUACUGAGACAACAUGGAUAUCUUGUUUCACCUGCAAAACUCAAAUAUGUCUUAAAGCAAUGUCCAUAUAGGGGAAUACAAAGGCUAGAGGCACGAAAGUACAUCUCAAUCUACCACCUUCAUCCUUCCUAUAAUGAAGUUCUUUUGACCUUAGCAAAAUUAGACUUCAACGCACUCCAAAAACUGCAUCGGAAAGAAUUUGGCAAUAUUUGCAAGUGGGAUAUUAGUUGCUUGGAAGAUCUCCAGGAUACAUGA